AUGAUGCACCUCCGUGUCGGUUCCAGAGAAAAGCUGGUAAGAGCCAUCGAGCGGACCGAGGAACAGCUUCAGAUCAUACACGAGCAGAUCGACACACUAAGGAACCAGCGGUUGGAAAUCGACAGGCAAAUCAUCACAUAUGAGAAGAGGCUGCGCCUAAGAGCAGAGCUGCAAGAUCACGUUGCUGCCAAGGAGAACGAGGCCGAAGAGUUGAGGGAGCAGCUCGCCACUGCGGUGCAUCAGCUUGAGGACUAUGACGAGACGAUGCAGAUAAAGGGCAAGGAUUCGUCAUCCGCCGCCUCUGAUGAGGAUUAUUAA